GGGGCGGCGGCCGAACCCGCCGAGCUCAUCCGGCGCGCUCACGAGUUCAAGAGCCAAGGGGCGCAGUGCUACAAGGACAAGAAAUUUCGCGAAGCCAUCGGCAAAUACCACCGCGCGUUGCUAGAGCUGAAGGGGCUGCUGCCGCCCCCCGGGGAACGGGAGCGGGACUCGCACGCGGCCCCCCUGCCCGGGGCCCCCAAACCCAGCUGCCUCUCGGAGGAGCAGAGCAAGACCGUAGAAGCCAUCGAGGUCGACUGCUACAACAGCCUGGCAGCCUGCCUGCUCCAGGCUGAGCUGGUGAACUACGAGCGAGUCAAGGAGUAUUGCCUCAAAGUUCUGAAAAAGGAAGGGGAGAACUUCAAAGCCCUUUACCGGUCUGGUGUGGCCUUCUACCACCUAGGAGACUAUGACAAAGCACUCUACUACCUGAAAGAAGCAAGGACCCGACAGCCAACAGAUACCAACGUGAUCCGGUAUAUCCAGCUGACGGAGAUGAAGCUCAGCAGAUGCUCCCAGCGAGAGAAGGAAGCCAUGUAA